AUGAAAAUACAGAUUAUAUUUAUUCUUUUAUUGAAUAUGAUCCAUUCUUUUGUUAUAAAAAAGUUAAAAUGGGAAGGUGAACAAUAUCAUAAAACAAAGUUUAAGUUAUAUAGAACUAGAUAUUUUAGAAAGUAUAGAACAAUUCCAUACAUCAAAGAUUCAGGAGAAACUCAUAUAGAUGAAUUAACCCGAGAAAGAGUUCGAUUAAAUAAGCAUACAGCAAAUUCAAUAACACUUGGAGCUAAUUAUUUAUUUAUUUGUAAUUUGGAUAAUAGACUGUCUUCCAAAGAUGUUACACACUUUUUCAAUUAUUUUGUUGGAAUAGAUAACUGUAUAGCAAAGAUAAAGAAAAAUAGAUUUACAGGACGAAAUAUGGGACAUGGGAUUUUAAAAUUUAAGAAACCUUGUGAUGCCACCUUGGUUUUAUUAAAUUAUCAAGGUAUUAAAUUGGGAGAUAAAAAUAUUAUUUUAACGGAAGCAUUUAAAAAUGAUCAUUUAAAACAAAAAAAACAUAUCUGUAAUGUGAUACAACCAAGUAGUAGUUAUUAA